GAGUAGGAAGUGAGUGCACACUGGGAAUUUCUGCUUGCCAACAAAGCCAGUGGCACUGUGCACCAGCUGUGGUCACUCAUACCAUGCCAGGGUCUGCUGCCAGCCCUGCACUAAACUGAUGCCAACUUUCUAUGAACAGCCAAUCAGUUCGCCCCUUUAUCCCUCAGUGAAUAAGGGAAAAUGGGCAAUAAGGGAUCAAUCGCUUUCCUACCUGAGAACGUCACAGACACUCAUGCAAACAGCACAGGUAUAUCCAGUGUAUGGAAUGACUCGCAUCAGGCUCAAAUUUUGGGCAUCAUUUUGUCAAUUCUUGGCAGCUUCUUGAUCAGCAUCUCCCUUAAUCUGCAGAAAUACACGCAUAUUCGCUUAGCUAUGAAGCAAGAUCCUUUACCUUAUUACAAGAGCAAGUUAUGGUGGUGCGGAGUCCUGCUAAUGGGCAUUGGUGAACUGGGAAACUUUGCUGCUUAUGGUUUUGCCCCAGCUACACUUAUUGCUCCUCUAGGUUGUGUCGCAGUUAUCGGAAGUGCAGCAAUCUCGGUUUUGUUCUUGAAGGAAUCAUUAAGGGCAUCCGAUGUAAUAGGUGGGACUUUGGCAGUCACUGGAACGUAUCUUCUGGUGACCUUUUCUCCGAAUGUAUCUCAAGAUAUUACAGCACUGAAAGUAGAGCGAUUUGUAGUGAGCUGGCAGUUCUUGGUAUAUUUGGUCCUUGAAGUAAUCAUAUUCUGUGUCCUGCUGUACUUGUACAAGAGGAGAGGAGUGAAUCAUAUUGUGGUUUUGCUACUUCUGGUAGCUAUGCUGGCUUCGGUAGCAGUGAUUUCAGUAAAAGCUGUGGCUGGUAUGAUUACAAUGACCUUCAAGGGGGAUAUGCAGCUUACUUACGCCAUCUUCUACGUCAUGGCCGUUGCAAUGGUCGCCUCAUGUGUCUUUCAGGUCAAGUUUUUGAACCAGGCAAUGCAACUUUACAAUGCAACUGAAGUGGUGCCAAUUAACUAUGUAUUUUUCACGACCAGCGCCAUACUUGCGGGAAUAAUUUUUUACCAGGAAUUUCGGGAUGCGGGCUUAUUGAAUAUAUUCAUGUUUAUUUUUGGGUGCCUUUUGUCUUUCCUUGGGGUCUUUUUAAUUGCUAGAAACCAAGAGAAAUCUACUUUCCAAGAACCUUAUAUCAACUUUGGAGAAAUUCCUGCCUGUCAUUGCCAAUAGGGGAUGUGCUGCCUGCACAAGGGAGUGAAUUCUCGAUGAAGAAAGGGAUGGAAACAGUGGACAAAAUCCAGCCAAACGCCAACAGCAUUACAUAUGGGACGCUGCUUAAUGAGUGACUGACAUGGCAGCCGGCGCAAAAGAUGAAAGUCAAAGAAAAGGGGUCAUGAAGUAGCAGUGUUUAUUUAUUGCCCGAAAUUCUCAGCGCUGUGUUGUGUCUGUGUUUUCUGUUCACUUUUUUUUUUUUUUUUAUAUAUAUAUAUAUGUUUUAUGCAAGGAAACUUGUUA